GAGCGGAAAGGUUCAAGUUUUCAAGAAGAACAAUUACGAGUUCUGCUGAUGGACCUUUUGACUGCUGGAUCAGAGACAACAGCUGGAACAAUUCAGUGGGCAUUGCUCUAUUUGGUAGCUUUUCCAGAGAUCCAAGAGAAAUGCCAGAAGGAAAUAGACUUUUUUCUGGGAAGUAAUUCCAACCUGCAAUAUGAAGAUCGGGAAAAGCUGUCCUACACAAAUGCCGUCAUUCAUGAAAUCCAACGCCGUACAACUGUUGCUCCUCUCGGAGUAGCUCACACACCCAUCCAAAAUGCACAGCUUUGCGGCUAUCAAAUUCCCAAGGGCGCCACCAUUUUCAUCAACCUCCAUUCUGUUCAUCAUGAUGAAUCCCAGUGGAAGUUCCCCCACGAGUUCAACCCCUCCAACUUCCUGAAUGCAAAGGGAGAGUUUGUGAAGCCGGAAGCCUUUUUGACAUUUUCAGCAGGACCAAGGGUUUGUUUAGGAGAAAAUCUGGCUCGGAUGGAGCUCUUCCUCUUCCUCACCAGCAUCCUGAGAAAUUUCCAGCUAUCUUGGCCAGAUAAAUCCCGGGCACCAGAUCUCACACCUAACUUGGGUCCCACACUAUUCCCGUCAAGCUUUAAAAUAUCAGUGAAAGGCUGCCAGGAGAGCAACUAGAUCGAAGGAAGAUUUUCCAUCUUUCAAAGCAAAGUCAUCCUCUCCAAAGACACUUGAAAGAUCCAGAUGAAAUUCAUAGGCUAUGUGGCU